GUCUGCUUUGGAGAGAUGCUGAUUGACUUUGUCCCGACUGUUGCUGGGGUCUCGCUAGCGGAAGCUCCGGCAUUCGAGAAAGCUCCUGGCGGUGCCCCUGCCAAUGUCGCAGUUGGAGUUGCCAGAUUGGGAGGUUCUUCUGCUUUUAUCGGGAAGGUCGGCGAUGAUGAAUUUGGGCGCAUGUUGGCGAACAUUUUAAAGCAGAACAAUGUGGAUAACUCAGGUAUGCGAUUUGACCACCAUGCAAGAACUGCACUGGCUUUUGUCACCCUUAGAGCUGAUGGAGAGCGCGAGUUCUUGUUCUUCCGAAAUCCGAGUGCGGAUAUGCUCCUUCAAGAAUCGGAACUUGAUGUGGACCUUAUUAAGAAGGCGGCAAUUUUUCACUUUGGUUCGAUAAGUUUGAUCGAGGAACCAUGCAGGUCAGCCCAUCUUGCUGCAAUGAAAAUCGCAAAAAGCUCUGGGUGCGUUCUCUCUUAUGACCCGAAUUUGAGACUGCCACUCUGGCCGUCCCCAGAAUUUGCUCGAGAGGAAAUAAUGAGCAUAUGGGAUCAGGCCGAUGUCAUUAAGAUAAAUGAGGAGGAAAUUACAUUCUUAACUGGAGGUGAUGAUCCUAAUGAUGACAGCGUGGUGCAAAACAAACUCUUUCAUCCCAAUCUUAAACUUCUUAUUGUAACUGAAGGGUCACAAGGCUGCCGCUAUUAUACCCAGGAUUUCAAAGGCAGAGUUCCUGGUGUUAAAGCAAAACCUGUGGACACGACUGGUGCAGGCGACGCUUUUGUUGGUGGGAUACUAUAUCGCCUGGCCGCUGACUUAAAUCUCUACAAGGACGAGAAGAAGCUAAGAGAUGCACUAUUCUUCGCAAACGUGUGCGGGGUGGUCACCGUGAUGAAGAGAGGCGCCAUCCCGGCCUUGCCCACGAAGGACGCCAUUCUCAAGUUCAUCGGAACUCUUUCUCUUAAUUCUUCGUACAUAAAAUUCCGUGCUGCACAGAGCAUGGGUUCAACAACAAAUCUGGUCAAUAGCUCUUCAAAUGGUGACGUGAAGGUCUCAGGUGCUACUCAGAGCGAUGGAAAGUGA